CUGGAGAACACCGCCGCAUGUUGUCUGGAAGCGGAAGGGGCGUUUCGGACACUUCGGGGCAAAGAACCGGGCCGCGUAUAAAACCGCAGGGCGUCGUGUGUUUUCGGGGUGCCUUUGAGCUUGACAGGCUGCGACAAGAUCGAGGGGGAGAGGGAGAGAGAGAGAAGAGUAGGGGGGCGAAGCGAAUUCCGAUACGUCUUCCGGAGACCCUUUUCUCUUGCUGCAAAAUUGAAGUUUUUUCGUGCUUUUUGGAUCGGUAGCGGCUGAAUAAUGGCUUCGGACCGAAAGCUCUUUGCAUUCGAGGAGGUCGAGAAGCACGACAAAACCAAGGAUUGCUGGCUUAUUAUUGCGGGGAAGGUAUAUGAUGUAACGCCAUUUAUGGAUGAUCAUCCUGGAGGAGAUGAAGUUUUGCUAUCUGCUACUGGAAAAGAUGCAACGAAUGACUUCGAAGAUGUUGGCCACAGCGAUUCAGCUAGAGAAAUGAUGGAUAAGUACUAUAUUGGUGAGAUUGAUGUAUCAACUGUUCCGGCCAAGCGCACUUACAUCCCCCCGCAGCAACCCAAUUACAAUCAGGACAAGACUACGGAAUUUAUUAUCAAGAUUUUGCAAUUUCUCGUUCCUCUUCUGAUCUUGGGCUUAGCAUUUGUCGUGCGGCACUACACAAAGAAAGAGUAGGACUGGGAACUACUGCUUGGAGAUACCCCCUCACAUGAGGAGUGAACUGUUUGUCUUGCAUUAUCUUUACUAGUUUGAAGAAUUAUAGCCGAGAAUCAUAAUUUGGGGUUCUGUAACAGCAGUCAGUUUGUUGUCGAGACCCAAAUGUCAUUGGUGAGCCCCCAUUGCUGUUGUCGGAACGACUUCUCUCUCUUUCCCUAUCUCUCAACCCGAUGUUCUGUUUCAGUUU